AUGGGCAGGCGUAAGCAGGCGGGGCGGAGGGAUGGUGUGGCGGGUGGGAUGGUGGGGAGGUGGGGGUGGAUCCCACGGAAGCAAGUCCGACGCCGUUGGAGCGAGCGACGAGCGCGCACAUGGCGGCGUGGCGGAGAGCGCGAGGGCGCUGGCAGUGACGGCGAGGGGCGGGCGCGGCGGGCUGCACAGCGAGGGCGGGAAGACCGUGGGGCGCGGGAGGCCACGGGGGGAGCGCAGGACGCGGUGGCGCCAGGGGGUGUGGCGCAGCAAGUGGAGGGGCGCGGAGGAGGGGGGGAAGGGGAGGCGACGGGGAUGCGUGCGGUGGGGCGGCUGGCGGACAUGGAGGUGCUGCCGCUGGGGCGGGGAAUGGGGGGACGACGACAGGCAGUGGCAGGGGGAGAUGAGGGGGGGGGUGCGUGUGAGCGGAUGGCAGGGAGGGCAGGGAGGGCAGUGCAGAGGGUGGGCAGACGCGGGGCGCUGGUACCUGAGGAGGGCCGCGGGCCCGCCAACGCCACCGCGCCUGAGUUGGAUGCGCGCCUGCAGUCCGUGGGGCUACAGUACACGCUUGCCCUCGUGCCGCGCAACGUCUCACAUGCCCACGCCCUCAGGUACGCUCCUCUGUACCGCGCAGCACCGCAGGGCGCGGGGCGAGCAGGGGCGGGGAGGCAGGACGUGCGGUACAGUGCGGCGCACGCGGAGGUGUGGGCGCGCGUGGUGGCGGCGCGGAUGCCGUUCGCCCUGGUGCUGGAGGAGGACGCCCUCAACCGCAGCGAGGGCGUUGCCGCCUGGCAGGCGCGCUUCCACAUGCUGCUGUGGGAGCUGAAUCUGCUGAUGCUGCAGCACGGCGACCGCUUCUUCUUCCACGUGCUGCUGCUGGCGCGCCAUGGCCUGGCGCCCUACGCGGAGCAGCAGCUGGCGCCGGGCAUUCGCCUGCAGCGCGUGCUGCCACUGCUGCAGCAGCACGGCUUCGGGGACGUGGUGGUGGCACACGGCGUGGACAAGGGCAGGGGGCACGGCGCGGGGGGAGGGGCGCAGGGCCGGGGGGAGGAGGCGGAGGCAGAGGCGGAGGGGAACCUGGGCGUGUUUGGGGGGCUGGUGGGGGCGGGGGCGGUGUCGGUGACGCGGCGCUCCAUCAAGUGGCACAAGCUGGCCGAGCGACGCCCCGCGAGCGGCUCACGAGGGGGGAGGUGGCGUGCGCUCUCUCGCACUACCUCGUGUGGCUCGAGGCCACUUCAUGCCGCUGCUGUCCCCUCACAUCGCAUGGGACCCCCUCUCCUGGUGCUCCUUCGCCUACAUCAUCUCCCACCGCGGUGCAGAGCGCCUGGUGGCGGGCUUUAA